UUGACAGGCACCAACCCGCACCGCCACAACAGCUGGGGGAGGAUUUCCGACCCAGUCACAGCGAAGAUGGUGGCAGCUACAGGAGUGGAGAUAAUACGUUCGCCCGGAUAAGACGGAAAAACAUCAGCAAAACUCCCGCUGUAGGGCUGUUUUUAUUUAGCCCCAAAAUCCAGCAGAGAGCUAUAUCAGGGGGAAAAGGGAGGCAACCAGCGGCGGACGGAAGAGGACGCGCCACAGCCAGAGCGCACAGUGUUGUGUUUGUUGGACACAAGCAUGCCAGCAAAAACUAGUGCUAUCCAGACCUAAGGAAUCGGUUGAUAUAAGGAGAUAUAGUGCCGUUUGUGGGGCGCUUUUUGAUAAUCUCACCGAGGAUGUAUCCAAGGGGUUUCCUUCAUUGAUCUGGGGAUUUUCUACUUUUUUGCUCUGGGGGAAUGCGAGGGGAGGAAACCCAGCCUCUGCUCCAAAUAACAAGAGACUCCUAACUGGGUCUCCUCUCCAAACGCAGGAAAUACGGCCUGGGAAAAAAAAAGUUUGGGAGCUUUUGGAAACGAGAGGGGGGCCUAUCGCUGACGUUUUGCACGCGUUGUACGACGUGAUUUUUAAGUAGCCUACUACGUUUUUAUGUAUUAAGCUCCUGUGUUGUUCCACAGAUAAAGUUUAUGACAAGCAGUUUAAGUGUUACACACCGUUGGUGUUGUUAUUGCAAGAGUUUUGAUCAUCACUAUUUAUAGACCAGCCUGCUCCGACCGAGGCUGUUCCUCAUAGCAGUAUAUUUUGCCAACUGCGCGCAACAAGUUGCAGACACUCCCAGCAGAGGCAAACUUACACUAAUGUGGGCCAGCGGAUGGUAUUUUCUGCGCUUCUCUUUUUGAAUUAAGAGUCUUUGAAUAUCGUAUACCCCUCCCGAUCCCCUCUUUGGAAGGCAGAGGGGGAAUAAUCGUUGGAGAUCCGGAGAGGGAGUUCAGGAAAGGACGGGGCUGGAUCCGUGGGAAUAGGCCUGCCUGUCAGGCCUCUUAUGCUCUGGAUCUUGGACUGGACAGGGCUCCCAAAUAUCUCAGUCUGGACUAUUUUCAUGGGCCCGCUUAAAUAAAGAUGGAAGGAGAAUGCAUGGGAAUAAGAAAUGCAAAUCCUUUGGACAUGUAUGAAAAGGGAUGUAGUGGAAGGUAAAGCCGCCUCAAUUACAGAUCACCUACUUUUUAAUCAACAAUAUUAAGUUUGCCCACAUGUUAAGACGGUAUUAUUAACGUAAAACAUUCGAAGCAUAUAAAGUAAACUACUUUAUGUGAAACGAGAAUAGCCUUUUAAGUGAGGAAUUCUUUUUUUGAAAAUAUUUUUCUUACAGUUUGAUGCUUCAUAGUGGAAAAUGUAUACAGUCCACGCAUUAUUUUUUGAAGGGGGGUGUUUUAAGAGGGGAGAGGGAAUGUAAAUUGACCAUUUGUCGCGCAUGUUGUGGAGAUAAAAGGGACAGUGUAACUUUUGUAGCCACUUGCUUUGCACAACGCCAACUGUUGACAGUCUGUAUCUGCUCAUACGAUGAAGCCCUGGACCUAACCACGCAAUCAACGUUAUUUCGGAAUGAAGAACAAUCUGGAUAUCUUUUCCUGACGCUGUCUGAUUCUGUAAUGUCAGCAGUAUCGAAAUAUUGCGCACAUCCAGAUGAGGUCAUUUUCAGUCAUGUAACGUCAGCACCGACUUGAUGAAGGCAUAACAUCGUUGUAUCACUAACCAGUCCUUUCCGAGAAGGAUGUUCAAUUCAGGAGGCAGAAAGAGUGAUGACAGUGUUUUUACCGCAGCUGAAGAGAAAGCCGGGCUCAAACCCAGAGCCUCUUUGGAGAAGGAUACAUGUAACGUGAGUACUGACGCAAACCCGGGUUCGGAUAAUGAACUGCUCAAGAAACUGGAACGGCGCGUCUUGUGUGAGUGAGUGUGCAGGCUGCUGUGUGCGUAGCAAAGACGUCUGUGCCGUGCUCACCAUUCAUGCACUGUGAUUAUUCCAACAAACACCUUUGCUCUCUCUUUCUCCCUCUCCCUCUGUCUGCCCGCCUGUCACUCUCUCGCCGCCGCCUCCUCCCUCCUCUCCGUGCCACAUGUGCACACGGUGUCCACGCACCACGUCUAAUUGCCUGAGGGCCAUCAGAAGAUAUUAUUAAUAUUUAACACCUCCCCGCGCCCCUCUUUUUCUCGUCACAACAGUCAAUAUGGCCACUCUGCAACAUCACCGACAGCUUCUCAUGCAUGGCACGGAAGUGAGCUGCGACUCCAGCGGGGAUGGCGCUGUGACCGUGCGGAUUACCAACAGCGCGCCACACGUGCAUCAACAUGAGCCGCUCAGGGCUGCCAGCAGUGGAGCAGGAGCCGGAGGCUUUGGGGCUGUGAGUAAAAUUAACCCUAACCUCCACAAAUACAGUAUUUCCUCCAGCUGCAGCUCAGACUCCAGACCGGCUGGGACCACCACUUCCAGGGUGCGUAGGAAGGCACCGCCACUGUUCGAGCGCUCUGCUGCUCAGUGCUGGGACCCCAAGUUUGACUCCCCCAUCCUGGAAGAAGCGUGCCAAGAGAGAUGCUUUCCUCAAACACAGCGGCGCUUCCGUUAUGUCCUGUUUUACCUGGCAGUGGCAGCUGUGCUUUGGGGGGUGUACUUUGCGGUCAAUAGUGACCGCUGCAACCCCAUGGCCUUCCUAGUCCCCACAGCCUCCUUUUUAGUCAUCCUAGUGCUGCUCUUUUUAUUCACCUUAACCCAACCCUACACGUGGCUGUACAACCAAACAUCCUUGCUCCUGAUCGCGGUCACCUUCGCCAUCACCUUAGCUCCACAGAUACAGACUGCUGGCUACACUGAGCUGAAGUGGGCUGGCGGUGGCAAUGCCUCAUAUCCCUCACCAGACAAAGUAGCUCCAUCUCUAGCCCCUUGCAUCUCCCCCGUGGGCACCUUUUCCCUGUGCAUGGAGGUUCUGUUGUUAUUAUACAGUGUCCUUCAUGUCCGUCUGUAUGCCUCAGUGAUGCUAGGGCUCCUGUAUUCUAUAUUAUUUGAAGCAUUAGAAUGGCUGCCCUUGCUUCAAAAGAGUUAUGACACUACUGGAUGGGGGACAGGGUUAGUGGGUUCAGGUUCUGAUUGGGGAGGAGACACCCUCCGCUGGCUGGGCCCGGCCAAAGCUCUGCUCCACUUGUGUGCCCAUGUCAUUGGUAUCCACCUGUUCAUCAUGUCGGAGGUGCGUUCCCGCAGCACCUUCCUCAAAGUGGGCCAGGCUAUCAUGCACGGCAAAGACUUGGAAGUGGAGAAGUUCUUGAAGGAGCGUAUGAUCCACUCUGUCAUGCCGCGGCGAGUUGCAGAUGAGUUGAUGAAGCAAGGUGAUGAUGAGGGCGGUGGUGAGAACUCUGGCAAGCGUUAUUCCUCUGGCGCCUGCUCUGCCUCCGCCGUCUCAGUGGGUGGUGGAGGAAGCGGUGGAGUUUCACAAGCCCAAAUUGCCACAAGCGGCAAGAAUUACCCUUAUAACAAUCACAAACGCAAGAAGACCUCCAUCCCCCGUGGACAGAUAAUCUUCCGGCCUUUCAAUAUGAAACGCAUGGAGCCUGUCAGCAUUCUCUUUGCGGACAUUGUGGGUUUCACUAGAAUGUCUGCCAAUAAGUCAGCACCAGCCUUGGUAGGCCUUCUCAAUGAUCUGUUUGGACGUUUUGACCGGCUCUGUGAACUAACCUGUUGUGAGAAGAUCAGCACUCUGGGAGAUUGCUACUAUUGUGUAGCUGGCUGCCCUGAGCCUAGGCCAGACCACGCCUACUGCUGUGUAGAGAUGGGCUUGGGCAUGAUCCAGGCCAUAGAGCAGUUCUGCCAGGAGACAUGUGAGACCGUCAGCAUGCGUGUCGGCGUCCAUACGGGCACUGUCCUGUGUGGGAUCCUGGGAAUGAAGCGCUUCAAGUUUGAUGUGUGGUCAAAUGAUGUCAAUCUGGCUAACUUGAUGGAGCAGCUGGGCGUGGCGGGCAAGGUCCACCUGUCAGAAGCUACUGCCCGAUUCCUGGAUGACCAUUACCAAAGAGAGGACGGGCAGGUGGCGGAGAGAGCCGGGCAGAGUGUGGUGGAGAAACUGAAGGGGCUGAAAACCUACCUGAUCUCAGGAAGGAAGUUGGAGCAUGAUGUGCAGUGUGGCUGUUCUCAGGUGGGACUGCCAGGCGGAGAUUUUGUUGGGGUCAGCCUGUCCUCCUGUCCUCAGCCCCGCACACCGGACCUCAUCUCGGGGGGAGCACAGGCUGCUGAGCCCCUGCUGCCUCACCAACCUUCAGACAGGAUCAGGCCUCCUUGUGUGUCCCGUAGUGUGGUCUUGUCUCCGGGGACAGAGCAGGGUGAUGAUGUGGCCGUGCUGAACGGCUGCCAGGAGGAGCACAAGACCAGCAGUGCCAAGUUCAUCCCAGGUCACAGCCCCAGAGCAGCCAAUGGUCUCCUGAGUCCUCCGCUGGAGGACCCGGUGCGAGCCAGCCAGAGCUCCCUGUGCGACAUGCUCCAGGAGAAAGAGAAGAAGACGAGCACUAGCACGGGGACCGGCACCAGUCUAGGCAUGGCUGGAGGCACAGGGGCAUCAGGCACGGGAAUGGACCACUCCGCCCUGAUCCAGCUGCGUGCCAAGAACUUCAGAGAAAAGAGCGACGUCCACUUUGUGGAUGUUAUCAGGGAGGACAGUCUGAUGAAGGACUACUUUUUCAAGCCACCCAUCAACAAGAUCAGCCUCAAUUUCCUAGAGAGACCUCUGGAAAAGGCCUAUCGCAGCAGCUACAAGGAGGAGGUGAAGAACCAGGUGCAAGUGCAGACAUUUGCGAGCUCCACCUUCAGCUCCUUCCUGGAUGUUCUCCUCAGCUGUUUUGUCUUCUUGGCCCUGACACUGGCCUGCUUCCUUCCACCUCUGGUGAGCCCGGCCACCGUGGGCCCUCCAGCUCCUGCUGCCCUGGCCCUGGCUCCCCUGGCUGGCCUGUUGGAGCUGGCCUCCCUGGUACUGUCCAUACGAAUGGCCUUCUAUUUGGAGGAGGUGAUGAACUGUACCCGCUCCCUGCUCCUGGUGGUCUCUGGAUGGGUCCCCCGUCACGUGAUUGGGGCUGUGUUAGUCUCCCUCCCUGCCAUCUCUGUCUUGUCCCACCUCACCUGCAGCGUCCAAUUGCCCCUGCAGGUGACCAUGUUCUUGUGCUGUGCCACCAUCCUGGCCAUCAUCCAGUAUUGUAACUUCUGUCAGCUAAGUUUUUGGAUGCGCUCAGUCCUGGCCACUGCAACAGGGGUUGCCCUGCUGCUGUUGCUGUACAGCCCCUUGCACAGGUACAGCUCCGGUAAUAACAGCUCGCCAGUUCAUGGACUGAACAUCUCCACAUCCAGUGAUGGUGGUUCAGCAUUAAACACUCUUGGCCCUGAACCACCCCCGCAACCUCUUGACCUUCUGAUCCCAGAGGCUGUCCUGGCUUUCUUUCUGCUGCUUCUCCUGGUCUGGUUCCUCAACCGUGAGUUCGAGGUCAGCUACCGUCUCCAUUACCAUGGCAAUGUAGAGGCUGACAAACACCGCUCCAAGAUCCAGACGAUGCGAGACCAGGCUGAGUGGUUACUGGGCAACAUCAUCCCCAUCCAUGUCGCUGACCAUCUCAAGGUGACCCAGAGCUACUCCAAGAAUCACGACAGUGUGGGCGUGAUCUUUGCCAGUAUUGUAAACUUUAGUGAGUUCUAUGAAGAGAGCUACGAGGGUGGAAAAGAGUGCUACCGUGUCCUCAACGAGCUAAUUGGAGACUUUGACGAGCUCCUUCGUAAACCUGAAUUCAAAAGCGUGGAAAAGAUCAAAACAAUCGGUGCCACCUACAUGGCAGCGUCCGGACUGAAUGUCCGGGAGUUGGCUGAGAAUGAUGAUGACUCUCUACAUGCUCACCUCAGGGCACUUUUCAACUUUGCCCUGGAGAUGAUGGGCGUCCUGGACGACUUUAACAAGAACAUGCUGGGUUUUGGUUUCAAGCUCCGUAUUGGAUUUAACCACGGGCCGCUGACCGCGGGGGUGAUCGGCACCACUAAGCUGCUCUAUGACAUUUGGGGAGACACGGUCAACAUUGCCAGCCGUAUGGACUCCACUGGGGUGGAGUGUCGGGUGCAGGUGAGCGAGGAGAGCCAUGCUGUGCUCAGUGCCAUGGGCUUAGAGUUUGACUAUAGAGGUACAGUGAAUGUUAAGGGCAAAGGUCAAAUGAGGACUUUUCUGUACCCCAAAAGUGGGGAAAGUAUAUAUCAAGAUCGAACGGAGCUGGGCACCAGGGUAGGACCCUCGUCCGUGGCAUCAACAGCCAAUAAUACUUCAGAAUCUGUUGCCCAUGCAGCAGCUCUUCCCCCCUCUUCUUCCACUCCCCCUUCCUCCUCUCUUUUCACACUCCCUCCUCAACCACAGAGCGCUAUAAGGCCUUCAAGAGCAGGGCCUGAGCCUGUCCAAGCUAAGUCCACAGAGGUGAGGGAGGAGGGAUAUAGGGACUCUCCACACCUCCCUGGGCAGUCCCCUGCCACAGACCUUCACCUCCCUCCACACUCUGAACUGGGCCAAGAGCCUAGUGCAGCACAAGUGCCCUCCCAGGUGCAGCCUGCUCCUCUCGCACUUCAAGAAGAGGAGGAUGAAGAGGUGGAGGCCAACGAGCUAACAAUACUCAACGAGGAGUUUUAUGCCCGUCUCUGAUCCCUCCUCUUCUCGUCCCCUGUCUUCUGCCCCCCUGCUGCUGACUAUCCCGGACCGAUUGCAGGUGCAGGGCACGAUGUCCCUUCCUUUAGGCGUGGGUGAAGUGUCUUCGGCAGAUGAAGAAGAGGGAGUUUUUCACUUCAACACAAACAGUGGCUACAGUGGCUAUGAAAAUGGCUACUACCGUCUUUCAUGGUAAUGUUGCCUGAGUGCUGGGGUGGGUUAAACCUGUGUUGAGCACAGCAGUGUAUAGGGAAGAAGGCUGAAAGGGGUUCAGAGGGAAGGACGUUUUGUUGGUUUUGUUCUUGAUGUUUUUUCUUAUUCAUUUUUGUUAUUAAGUGCCUUCAGGACUAGAACAGUGAACAAACAAAUAUGAAUACUGAACAAAGUUUUAACAAUCUUAGACUACAGAACAUGCUGUGGUUUCUUACUCCAUGCUUUUAUUUUCAAUGGAAGUAUUUCUUAAAAAAAGCAUUAUUGUUGUGCCAUAUCAUUUCUUUUAACUUGAUCAAAGUCUAGACCUUACUUAAGGGAAAAUUAUUUUAGAUUCUAUAUAAGUGCCAGUGCAGCAUAAUGGGCUGAGCAGGGAACUAUGGGAAGAAUGAGGGAAUACAUAAAGCAGUGUUAAUUUGUAAUUCUGCUUUGACAUGAGGGCUUAAAACAGUAUUAAUUUGUGCUAGUCUCAGUAAAAAGGGGACAUGCUACAAAGCAGGCUGCAUAAAUUUUAGUUUGUGUAGCAGCUAAAUGCACAUUUUAAGCACAGGUCUUGCACAGUGUUUUGUCGACCACUUGUAUUUAGUAGUUAUUACCGUGAAAUAGAUUUUAAGAACGUUGAAACAGAGUUCUUGUCCGUCACAAGUACAAUCAAAAGCACAAACUUUAAUCAGAAAAGGGAAUAUAGAUAUGGAGGAAAGGGUGGUUUUAAACAGUGAGAUAAUCACAAACACAGGAAGGCACUUUAAAUAUACUUAAAGUGAUACUCCACUCAAGAUGUGUCCAGAGUAUGACCCGUUCUGCUUUUUCAUUGGUCAGAACCACUCCAUUGGAGCUCACUCAUUGGCUAGACUGAAAGCUGCUGUGCUGCGUAGAGAGAAACGAGAAAUAGGGCAAACGACAAACUUGUUGCACCCACCUUUACCUAGAGAUAUUCUAUUAAAUUAUUUUUGUUGUUAACAUAUAAAAAACAAAAACAAAUUAAAAAACCAAAAGUAUUUAGUAUGUUUGGGGGCAUUGUAUGUAUAUAUUAUAGCAGACAGUAAAGUAAUGACAGGAAACGAGAGAGAGAGAGAGAGAGAGAGAGAGAGAGAGAGAAUGACAUGCAACAAUUAAUCCCUUGGCCAGCAUGGUGACCCUGGGCACUAUAGUUUUUAGCAAUUUUUUUAUCAAAUAUGAGGAAAUAGUGCAUUUGUUGGGGACUGUAUUCAGUGGCUGAUGUGGUAUGUUAGUGAGUAUUUACAGCAGCAGGACGGUGUAUGUGAGAUUGACUCAAAAUGAAACUACAUAGCCCAUGUUCAUCGUAAUGAAGGAACAUGUGAACCAGUGUAACACCUGUGGCUCAUUAAUGUGCUAUUAUUGUUUUUAAUAACAGAGCUCUAAGGCACAGAGGAAUAAGACAUAUCAGACAAUACUUUUUAGUAAGAUCAAUUGAUCAAUGGUUUUGGUCUUUUCAUGGAAUUUGUUAACUAUAAGAAAAAUACACCAGACUUAUCCUUUAAAGCCUAGAGUGGGGUGAGAGUUUGAUACUCAAAAGAUGUUGAGUGGAGUAUCACUUGAAGUGGGACUGUAAGGGAGAAUCAGUCUUUACUUAUUGAUAGAUGAUAGGGGUUAGUCCACAUUGCUGUUGGUUAAAGUGUUAAAGCGCAGAUCAAGUUCAACAGUUUCUAUGGUGCUGUGUUUAAAACCUCGCACUCAAUGUAUGCCUUCAUCGCCGGAAAAAAGAAAAAACAUUGGUCAGUCCAUCACUAUAGAUUUAUUCACUAGUUAAGUAUUGUCUGCCUUUAGCUUUGUGAUUUGCUGUUGAAGGGGUGGGACUUUUAACUUUAUCCUGUCACAGCCUUUAUACGGAGAAGGCCCUCUACUGUAUCAAUAUACAUUAAUUGUGCCACUUUAAUUGAGUGAUCUACAGGUGCAGUGCAACCUAAACUAGCUGAUUGUUUUGUGGUGCCUAAAAAGUAUGACUGUAUUUUUUGAGUAUUUUGGUUUUCAGAAAGUUUUUUAUCAUGCUGUUUUCAUAAUGACGAUAGAUUAUGACUGUAUGUUUGAAGAAAUGAUGCUCGUUGUGCACGUUUUGCUGCAAUUGUUUUUCACAAAUUCCAUCAAUUGUUUUUGCUCUUUUCCAUUUCUUUCAUACUGUCAUCAACCGGUAGCCUGGACUAGUGUGGUGGUGGUGUUCUCAUUGAAUAGCUGGCACCUCUGUAGUUCUCUUUGUUCUUUAUUCACUUCAUGCUUUUAUCUUUACUCUUUAAAGCACUUGUUUCCCCCUUGUACUUUGCGUGUAUGUGUGAGAGAAAGAUAUUUAAUUUCUACUCCAAGUCAAUAAAAUAGAAAAGAUCACUGUAAUAUGAUGCAAAACGAUAUCAAUCAACUACAUGGCCACUGUUUAUUUUGCUGUUGCUGCCUUAUCUGUAGUGGAAUUACACGCACAAAGCUGCAUUCUUUAAGAAAGCCCUGAAGUUUGAAAUCUGUGUAAUGAUGCGGCAAACACAUACAAACCGCCACAUAUUUUAGAGACCGGUCAACAUUUGGGCUUAAGAAUCUUGCCUAGAGAAGCUAUGGCCACACACAUAGCUACAGAGAUGAUAUGAAAAAGAAGGAAUCAUCUCUUUUUAUGUAGCUGUCUCCAUCUGUAGCAUAAAAUGCAUCUUUCUUUACCUCUACCAUUGUACACUCCAAACAUACACAGCCAGUGCAUUUUGAAUUAGGGAUAUGCUUUUAAAAUAUUUUCUAACAGGCACAUCUCUCGUACGCUUGUAGUGCAUAUUCUCAACAUGCUCAGGUUUGCCAAAACCUAAUAAACCAUACCACACAAAGUUAUAAAAACGGAUUACAAUAUCAGGUAUCAGUUUUCACGGAAAGUUUUUCCCCUACAUUUUCCAAAUUACCCUUCUGCCUCAUGUUUUUAGAUAAUCCUUGGUGAUUGAUUUUUUUUGGCAAUGGCGCUCGCUGUAGCCUUAGCAUGCACACCAGUAACAGAAACUAGCCAUAGUAGAUUUGAGAUGUGGGGCUCCACAGGUUGACGGGCACACCACAACUCCAGUAGCGCACAUCUGUACACACGUAUAAAUAAAAUAUUCAAGUGAACACUGCUGGCUCUGUGAUCUGUGAUACAUGGGGGGAGAAGUAUGCGCAAUCUUGUUUGCAUGGGAAUGAAUGAGCAGUUUUCUUUUUUGCCAGAUACACUACAUUUUUAGUUUGAUUCUGCACCAUGCUAUCAUCUUUAAAAAAAAAUGUAAUUUCAAUAUCAUUCUUUCUACAAUUAUGUUGAACAUUAAGCAUGUAUUGCCAACACGCAGGAUUCUUUAAAUCACUAAGCUUUGCUCAUUUAAGGUUACUCUUCUCUGACAGUGUAUUGAUAGAUGAUGUGUGUAUGACAAGAUCUGUUUUAGUUUUGGCAGAGGCAAAGACCUGUCCUUAGAGGUCCAGUGCUCCAGUAAAAAAAAAAAAAAAUGCAUUUAAGAAAACAGCCAAGUGCAUUGAGGAGAAGUUUAAAGCAUUCAGUCAUCACUUUUUUGUUGAAGUGUGAUUCUGUUUUAUAGGGGAAAGAGUGUUCUAUUAGCACUUGUUAAAAUCAUCACAGAAAAAUAGCAUUGCCUAAUCACUAAUUUAAAUGGUGACAGCUACACAUCUUUGUAUUACAAAGUAUAAAUUCAACCCGUAUGUGUUUUUAAUUACACUGGGACAAAACUUAGACAGAGUUGUUUGAUUUAAAAUCUUUGUGUAUUUGUUUUAUGUUCAUGAAAGAGGUCUAUUAUGUAUGUUUUGUGCACAUUACCCAUGUAUCAUUUAUCAACACAUGAUCGUAAUCUGUACACAUUUGCACAAAGCACUCUGUUUGUACAUAUGCAGUUAUUUUAUGUCACAUAUGAUUUUUUUAUACAUGUGCAUGUGUCAGAUUUUGCCAGAAAACAAUGAAAAAGCGACACUUACUAUCAAAUUGA